ACACUUCUUCACUCGUUAGAUACCUGAUUCAUUAUUAUACGUCCGAUAAAUAUCGCUAUCUAAGUAUUGCUUGCAAGCGUCCGGUGGACAACUUCGCUAGCUAUUCUGCGUACAUCAGUGGUGGCUAGCUAACACCGGCAGUCUGUUUGGUCGUAUUCAUCUAAGCACACCGUAGCAUUAACUGUUAAAGUUAACCUAAACGGUGUCUGAGGCACAGCAGAGCCUCUCAUCCUCAAGCCUUCGGAUGUCUAGCCAUGUGUGUGGCCGCAUCCUUCUGCGAGCUGCAAGCAGCACCCCCAGCCCUCUCUCUCCCCAGUGGCCCAGUCUGACCCAGCGAGCCUGCCUCUCCUCCUGGGGCUGCUCUGUGUCUGGUGCUAGGUGUAGGUCUGGGGCCACCAUGCGCUUCCUCUCCACCCGUCAGGACCUGGACUUUCAGCUGAGCCGGGUCCAGAUCAGCAGCAUCCUGCGAGCCAACGAGCAGGCAGUGAGCAUCCCUGAGUUUGAUGGCCGGGGUCUCAGUGCUGUGAGGAAGUUUGAAAGCAACCAGCUGGCAGCUAACACCCCCAACGAGGACCGCCGCAGCGCAGCCACCUGCCUACAGACUAAGGGCAUGCUGUUCGGGGUAUUUGAUGGUCAUGGUGGCUGGGCGUGUGCCCAGGCGGUCAGUGAGCGUCUGCUGUACUAUGUGGCGGUGGCCAUGAUGUCCCAGAGAGGACUUGAGGAGCUGGAACACUGCAUGGAGCAGAGCAGGCCUGUCCCUCCCAUCCUACAGUGGUACAAAAACCACGGAGACUACAACUACAGAGAGUCAGCCUCGCUCUACGUAGAACACCUCCGGGUCUUCUGGCAGGAGCUUCUGGACAGCGAGGAGCAUGGCGACGGAAUGAGUCCGCCUGAUGCUCUGUAUUAUGCCUUUAAGCGUCUGGACACAGACAUCUCUCUGGAGGCCCAGGUCCCACACUCUAGCGACCUGAUAAGGAGUACUGCCAUACAGGUGGCGUUUGCUGGCUCCACAGCCUGUGUUGCCCACGUGGGCACUGAGGGGAUCCAUGUGGCGAAUGCAGGUGACUGCCGUGCAGUGCUGGGGGUGCAGGAGGAGGACGGGUCGUGGAGCGCCUUACCCCUGUCCCAGGACCACAACGCACAAAACGAGGCUGAGCUGGAGAGGCUCCGAGCCCAGCACCCCCCCCCGGAGAGGGACACUGUGAUCACUGACAACAGGCUGCUGGGGAUCCUGAUGCCUCUGCGUUCGUUUGGAGACGUAAGGUUCAAGUGGAGCCUUGAGCUGCAGCAGAGUAUUCUAGAAAGCCUGGAGUCUGGAAUAGAACUGGACUUCCUUAACCUCUACCAGUACACGCCGCCCAACUACCUGAGCCCGCCCUACCUGGACGUGGCGCCGCAGCUGACCUAUCACAGCCUCCGACCGCAGGACCGCUUCCUGAUCCUGGGCUCUGACGGGCUGUGGGACGAGAUGAGCUCUGAGGAGGCGGUUCGGCUGGUGGGCGAACACCUGAGUGGGAUUCAUCUACAGGCUCCAGUCUCCCCCACUGAAAGACAGUUGAACCUGGGCCAGAUGCAAGAGCUGCUGUGGAAACGCCGUGCCCUUGCCAUGCCCACCCUGGACCCCAAUGCUGCCACACACCUCAUCAGACAUGCCCUGGGCACCGGGCAGUAUGGAGAGCUCUGCCAGGAGAAACUGGCAUCUAUGUUGGCUCUGCCUGAGGAUCUGGCACGCAUGUACAGAGAUGAUAUCACAGCUACUGUGGUUUAUCUGAACUCUGAUCUGGUCAGACAACACAGGUAAUGCAGAUGGGGACACACACGAACAUAACAUUUUUACAAUAAAGAUGGUAUACUUCAACUCAUGCCUGGUCACAUAACACACACACAUUUCUUGACAGUUGUUUACUUUACCCUACGGUGAAAACAUUUGCUGCGUACCUAGGCCUAAUGCUCAAAUACUGCUCGCAGAGAACUGAGUGGCAUUGUAUUAGUGUUUUAGAGAUGGUUAAAUAAACUCAGCAAAAAAAAAUGCGUCUUCACUCUCAACUGCGUUUAUUUUCAGCAAAGUUAACGUGUAAAUAUUUGUAUGAACAUAACAAGAUUCAACAACUGAAACAAACUGAACAAGUGACUAACAGAAAUGGAAUAAUGGGUCACUGAACAAAGGGGGGUCAAAAUCAAAAGUAACAGUCAGUAUCUGGUGUGGCCACCAGCUGCAUUAAGUACUGCAGUGAAUCUCCUCCUCAUGGACUGCACCAGAUUUGCCAGUUCUUGCUGUGAGAUGUUAUCUCGCUCUUCCACCUCGUGCCGCCUUGCAGCAUGUCUAAGGCACGUUCACACAGGUGAGCAGGGACCCUGGGCAUCUUUCUUUUGGUGAUUUUCAGAGUCAGUAGAACGGCCUCUUUAGUGUCCUGAGUUUUCAUAACUGUGACCCUAAUUGCCUACCGUCUGUUAGUGUCUUAGCGACCGUUCCACAGGUGGGAAACUGUGUUUUUAACCCUUUACAGUGGUCCGUGAAGUAAAUUUGGAUUUUUAAGAAUUCUUUGGAAGACGUGGUCCUUAAAAAGGGACAUUUAUUUUUUUGCUGAGUAUUGCAUGAAGUUCUUUUUAGCUUGAAACUCCUACAUUUAGGUGAAUAACCAUGAUGUUUUGUGUGUGUAUGUAUGCUGAUAAAACUGUAAUUAUUUACUGCAUAGUCAUCAUAGUCCCAAAGCACAAUCGGAGCUAAGUGUUUCACAAGACUUGACUGGGUACCACGUCAUACUUGGCCAUAGUUUUAAAUAAAUCCUAUUUUCUUAUGAACUCUCUGGUGCACUUCCCCACUUUUUACUGAGUCUGAUCAAAUCUUAAAUAUAUUUUCAGAACUAUGUUUUGUAUUUGUUACCUGGUGUUAGUUUGGUAAACCUGCUAUGUGUCAUAUUUUGACUAUUUGCUGACAAUCUACAGUCCACAAACUGAAUGUUUCAUUGUUAUUGGCAUAUGCAAAUUGUACUCGUAAUACCCCAGUUAAGAGUAGUCCGAUCAGGGGAUGAAAUGAAAUUGUUCAUUGUUUGCUGUAAAAUGUUUUUUUUUUUUCAAAUCACGAUUUGAACUUUAAUUCACUUCCUGAAUGAAAAUGUGUUAAUGUUAACCAAAACCUUUAACUCUGUUAGUUGUUUGCCUGCCUGUGUUAGGUUUGAGUUUUCUCCAUCUACUGUAAUGUGUCUGCAAGUUACUCGUCCUCUGCUCUCUCAAAUCCUGUUUUCCUCUUAGGAUUUUAAAAAAUGUAUUAUGCUCUCCUCUCCCACAGGGAUUCUUUAGUGCAAUUAACACUGGAUCAGAGGCUGGACGAAGUGUACACUUUUUAGUCAGUCACAUGUCAGUAUUUUAGGUCACAAUGUACCAUCUUCUGUUUCAAUAAAAGACAUUUUUGGUUAAAUUAA